AUGAUCUGAUCAUUUGAAUCAGGUAUGUUGCAACAGGGAGCUGUAGUCCUUGAAAACUAAUUUUCCCUGAAGGCAGCACAACCCGGUAGUAGAUAAUAUUUGUCAUUUGUUCAAAACGCCGGUUUCCACAAUAUGCUACAGCUUGAGUGUUCGUGAGCUGACCAAAUAGCAGUCAAGAUGUCAGACAUCAUGCUCAACGUGUGCCUGUCUGACUGUGACUAUUCCUCAUCCGGAGCAAAGACGAAAAAAAGGAAGCAUCAAAACAAGACGGAACAACACAAUGUGGCGCUCAAAUUCAAGAAAUUUAAAAGGAAGAAGUUCACAAAGACAUCAGAACAAAGCAUCAUGUCCACACAACGUCCAUCCUGUCAUCCCACCACAUCAAACAAGGUUCUACCUCAUGCAGGGAGCUCCAAUGAGCCUUCGUCACACCAGCAGCAGCCUUCGACCGCCAUGAACGGCCACACCAAAGCACCCAAAAAAAAAUUGAAACCAAUUUCGGUCGGCAAGUCCCAAUCAUCCGGCAUACCCUGCAAGUACCUUGCCAUUGACUGCGAGAUGGUGGGCACAGGUCCCAAAGGAAGCGUCAACCAGCUAGGACGUUGCAGCAUUGUGUCCUACGAGGGCGACGUGGUGUAUGACAAGUUCGUUAAGCCCUCGGUUCCUGUCACCGACUACCGCACGCGAUGGAGUGGCAUUCGCGCCAAGGACCUCGUGAAAGCCACACCCUACAAGCAGGCCAGAAAGGAGAUCCUGAAGCUUCUGGCGGGCAAGGUAGUGAUCGGCCACGCUGUCCACAACGACUUCAAAGUCCUGCAAUACUCGCACCCGGCCGGCUUGACGCGGGACACGUCGCGCAUCCCGCUGCUCAACCGGCGGGCUGGCUUUGAGGAGAAAGCGUGCGCUUCACUCAAGAGGCUCACCAAGGCCAUUUUCAAUCGUGAGAUCCAGAUGGGGCGUGGCGGCCACUCGUCGGUAGAAGACGCACGGGCCACCAUGGAGCUCUACAAACUGGUGGAGGACGAGUGGGAGAAGAAGUUGGCAUUGGGAAAUUGCUCCACCCACUCACUUGCUACUUUAACUUCCGCAUUAGGAAAGUAAAGUAGAUUAAGAGCUUGUCUGCUGCAUUCACCGGAAUACUUGAUUUCAAUAUAAUAUGGAUUCCUGCUGGGUGAACUUAUUGAGAGCAUGAAUAAUUGCCACAUGCGGUGCCCAGCCAUGGGAGCUAAUUCACUUUUUAUUAGCCUCAUGCAGGAAUUUGUUCAUGUUGCACAUUGUUAUUCAAGUAGCUUAUUCACAGCGAGGAGCCAUCCGGACAAAACGUCAUAAGAUAAGAUAAGAUAUCCCUUUAUUUGUCCUGCAAUGGGGAAAUUACAGUCAGAAUUCAGAAAGGAAAACGCUGGGUAGGGAUGCCAGUUGACUUUUUCUUGCCUACAGACUGCCAUUAAAUGUCAUCAUUUCAAUGUUAUCACAUUGAGGGCCACUCGGUCUGAUUAAAAAUCACUUUUGACUUCC